ACUUCCUGUUUGGCUCGUGAUGUGUUCUUCUGUUACGCUGAAGGUUGAAUUUGCCAUACAAGAACGCUAUACUUGCAAAACAGUGCCAAAACGAAAGUCAGCGGCCCUGCUGUUUUCAACAGCAUUUCUAUUGUGUGAAGACUUAGAAUUCAACAGAUGGAGAUUUUUACGACAUCUGUGACCCUCUUAAGUCUCUGUCUCUUCCAUAGCAGCCUAUCUGAAACACAGAGCAUGUGCAAAGGUAAUCUACCACCAGUUCAACACGUGGCAUUGAACAGCAGUGUUACCAUACCCUGCCCCGUACUCAGUGCACCAGAAAUGGUCUUCAAAUUAUAUAAAGGCUCAGAAGAGAUCUUUUAUAUCACUAUUAAUAAUGCAUCCAUCAGCAAAAAUAACAACAGCCCGAGAAGAGAUUUCCCUGCCAGUUUCAAAGUUAAUAAUACGAAUAACAGUACCAGUUUUAUCCUGAACAGUGUAACGAUGAAUACUACAGCCCUUUACACUUGUGAGGCCGAGAGAAUCUUUCCUCCUCCAUUUCAGAAAGUGGAGCACAAACCACAAACUAUUGUGUUUGUUGAAGGGAGACCAGUUAAACCGAGUGCCGUCUGUCAACAUGCUGAUCACCUGGCUUUUUGGGUGGUGCUAGGAGUCAUGACCAUAUAUGGGCUGGUAAUGACUUGCACCGUUUUCAUUCUGCGGAUCAAGUUGAGUCAAAUUGAAACUCCCGUCAAGGACAGAGAAUGCAGACGGAAGUGGCAGGGCGUUCAACAUCCAACCUGGCAGGGCUUUUACAUAGACACUGUAGUAUGAGACUAUCUGACAGCAUUUAACAAACCCUGCCAAGAACAACCACUAAAACAUCACAUCAGACAAUGCUGUUUUAAAAGGGCACACUGCAUUCUGAGAAAAAUGAAACUACAUUUAAAUUUUUUUCACAGCUUUAUGUAUUAUAUGUUCGUUUAACCCACUAUUAAA